AUGAUUUACAGGAAGGCCCUGCAGCUUUUCCUCUCAAUCAGCGCUUUGACGGCCGUCACCAUCGCAAUUCCAAUCGCCAAAGUAAAUACUACGGCUGCAACUAGAGCAUCCUUCUACAACAAAUCACACUCAUCCCUCAACCUUACCACUAGCACUCUUGCCACAGCGGUUGACAUUAAUAGUACAUCAAGAACGGAAACAACUGUCAAUAUCACGCAACAGACUUCCAGUCCCACCAACGGUACUAUAUUUGACACAAUCAACGUCAAUACUACAUCAGUUACAACCAUUGAGGACAGCUUUCCACAGCACACUCCCAGCCAGUCUAUAGACAACACAUCUGACGUUGACCCUGCACCAACGACCGUGGCUAACGGAAAUAUCACAUCACAAUGUGCUUCCAGUCCAAAUAACAACUCCCUGGCCACGUUGGAUGACGAGGGACGACCGGGAAAGAUCCCAUACCGCAGGUUUCCCAAAUGCUAUGUGGAGUGUUUUGACUCCGAAGGCACUGACGACAAGACCUGGCCGGCUAUCGGAGAUAUCCGAGAUUUGACGACUCACGAAUUCUGCCACAGCCAAUGGGUAUGGGUCGGCAACUGGAUGCUGGAACAUCUCCAGUUCUGCGUCGCGGGCUAUCCUGGAUCCACGGGCAGAUGCGAGCAUUGCAGACCACAAUGCCACCAGGAAGCCAAGAAAGUGAUGGACAGUCUCUGUGGGACACCAGGCUAA